AUGCAGUUUCUAAUGGAGGACGUACUCCAGAACAGCUACGGCUGUGCUGUGGAAGAUCACGCUGACUGUCAAGUCUCGUUAGCUAAGAGCAAGCAGCAGAACUUGGCAGAAGUGGUUGACUCAAGUGCUAACUGGUUGCAGAACAGCAAAAAGAUGUGCAAACUUUUGCUGAGGCAUCAUGAUCCGGUCUUAUCACGUAACUUGCUGAGAUCUUUUCUGAUACUAUGGAAGCAACUAGAAAUAUUAAAGGCAGAAUGGGGCCGGCUGAAGCUGAGGACUGAGGAUAUCAAUACAGUUCCUCUCUACAAAGAGUUUUGUGAGCAAUAUAGUGCAGCUAUCCUGUACCCAGCCAUGAAAGCCAUAGUCAGACAAACAGGCACAGAGGAGAAGUUUGGAGAGCCCGUUACAAGCACUCAGCAUAUACUUCCCCCCAGAGAAGCAUCAGAAAUGGAAAUGAAAGUGUACCAGCUUCAAAAGCUUCUGGAAAGCCUAGAAAUCCACAUGAUCCAUGAUGUGCAGAAGAAAAUUAACCAGGAGAUGACUCUUGUGACAUCUGAAAGAGCCAGACAAGAGAGCCGUCUCCCCACUGAGCUCUGGAAACACAGGGUAACGCAAGAAAAUUUCUCAGUUGUACAACCACAGAUAGUUGAAACAUUUGUUCAAAGGCUAAUGGAAAACUACCAAGAAUCAGAUACAGAGGUUACUUUUAAAAAAAGCCAUUUACAACAGUGUCUCACCAUACUGGGCUGUGACAUCAUGGUCAGAGAGCGCAGCAACUUUGAGACCUACUCCAUGUUUUAUGAAAAUAUUCUCCAGCAGCAGCAUCGUUUACUUUGCCAAAAAGAACAAGAGCUGCACGCAGUGGGAGAAGGUGGCAACCAAAGCGAUAUGGCUCUGCCGCAGAUUGUGGGGCCGUGCCAUGGGAUGAUUAUGGAAAUAACUGCUCUCAGAGCCCAGCUCGCUGACUUAGAGGAAGAAAAUCUUGGUCUCAAAGAGAAGAUUAGAAAAGAAGUACGGGAUGAAUAUGAAUCAUUAGUGCGGAACCUAUUUGUGACUUGUGUCCAUCUAAAAGAAAAGUUGGAUGUCUAUCGCCUUAGCAUUGAGCAACGAGUGUUUGAAAUCAUCAGCGAAGUGAGAAGAGAAGGAGUUGACAAUAUGAUUGAUCUGAAGAAAAAGUAUGGCUCCACUAAAAAUAAUGGCGACUUGAAAGAACAUUUGUCUAAAGAAGCUCUUCAAAACAAAAAAGAGUGUCUGAAUGAUAAGAUGAUGGCAGAACAAGAGGUCACUUUGUUUCAGGGUCAGCUCAUGUCUGUAAGGAAAGCUCUUGCAAAAUCUCAGGCAGACAAUGACAAGCUAAAGAAACAGCUACAUAAACAGAUAAGAAGCCAGUUAACCCAAGAGUGCAGUUUAAAAUGGGAUGCCUUCCAGCAGGUUGCUGAAUUGCAGUGUCAAGUUUAUGACCUGGAAGCUGCAGUUUCCCAGAGGAAUUUGACUGCAGGUUCUGCAGCUCAGGUCCAGAGUAACAAGCUUUCAGCAUCCACUCAGCAGCAUCCUUUGAAUUUUGACCCAAGAAGCAGCAAUGGAACAAGAGGAAACACUCAGAGACCAAAGACA